GGGAGAAAGCGUCUGGUGUGUGCGCGCGAGUUUGCGUGUGUGUGUGCGUGUUUCUGUGCAAGAAAGAGUGAAUGAGACCACGAGAGCCCCCGUGAAAGAGGAGCAAAAACACUUCAUCACAAAGAAGGGGGGACUGGGAAAAAGUGACAGAAAUUUCAAAGAAGGAGUGCUACUGCAUUUUGAGCUUAAAAAGUCAAAUUCACCGGUCACAAGAUUUGUCAGAGACACAGGCAAACAGAGUAAGCAGGGGAGACAGGAAGAGGCAUACAAAAGGAAAGAUUGCAAAUCAUCUCUCCAUUUUGAAGUGACAGGAACACACAGCCGUUGCCAUGGGUGAAAUGGAGCAGUUGCGUAAGGAGGCGGACAACCUGAAAGAUGAGAUUACUGCCGCUCGUAAGGCUGUUCAGGACCAGACUCUGCAGGACGCGGCCGCGGGGAUCACCGUGGUGGCCCGUGUCCAGCUGAAGACCAGAAAGACCCUGAGGGGUCACCUGGCCAAGAUCUACGCCGUGCACUGGGGCACCGACUCCAAGUUGUGUGUCAGUGCAUCACAAGACGGCAAGCUCAUAGUGUGGGACAGCUACACCACCAACAAGGUGCACGCCAUCCCCCUGAAGUCGUCGUGGGUGAUGACGUGUUCCUACGCACCCUCGGGGAACAUGGUGGCCUGUGGUGGUCUGGAUAACAUGUGCUCCAUCUACAACCUGAAGGGCAAGGACGGCACCGUCAAGGUCAUGAGGGAGCUGGCUGCACACACAGGAUACCUGUCCUGCUGCCGAUUCCUCAACGACAGCGAGAUCAUCACCAGCUCCGGCGACUGCACCUGUGUGCUGUGGGACAUCGAGACGGGCACGCAGAAGACCGUUUUUGCGGGCCACAUGGGAGACUGCAUGUCCUUGGCUGUGGCACCCGACUUCAAAAUGUUCAUCUCCGGGGCUUGCGACUACACAGCCAAGCUCUGGGACAUCAGAGAGGGCGUCUGCAGACAGACCUUUGGGGGCCACGAGAGCGACAUCAACGCCAUUGGGUUCUUCCCCAACGGGAACGGCGUGCUGACGGGCUCGGACGACUCCACCUGUAAGCUGUACGACCUGCGGGCUGACCAGGAGCUCAUCACCUACCAGGACUCCAGCAUCAUGUGCGGAGUCACCUCCCUGGCCCCCUCGGUGUCCGGGCGCCUCAUCCUGGCCGGAUACGACGACUUCAACUGCAACAUCUGGGACACGCUCAAAGCCGAGAGAGUGGGAGUGCUGGCUGGUCAUGACAACAGAGUGAGCUGCAUCGGGGUGACACCUGACGGAAUGGCAGCUUGCACGGGAUCCUGGGAUAGCUUCCUGAAGAUCUGGAACUGAACCAGCCCUUGAGAGACAGAGCGGAAGAAGGUUAACCAGGCAGGGAGAGGGAGAAAUGGGUCGAAAAGAGGAAAGAGGUGUUGGGUUCUGGGGAGGGAGGGUAUUGGGAAUUAGAGGGUGUUUGUUGUGCCAUUUCAAGGCCUUUGUGUUGUGAGAGGGUUUGUGAUAGAGGGAGACACUCACUUCUCAUAUCUCUCCCUCCCUCAAACAAAAGCUUGUGAUAGGAAAUAAGGGGACUUAAAAAAAUAUAUAUCCUUGAAGAUGAUUCCAUCUCCCAGCCUCUGAAGAAGAGAAUGGUGGCGUUUAAAAUCUAACAAUGCGGAAGUUGUCAUGGCAACUGCCAAAAAGGAUUAGCAUCAAAAUAGGAUUUAAAUAGGUUUAAAAUGUUAAUCAAAUCGAAACAUUUUCAUGAAAAGUAGGAUAUACACAGGAUGUAAGUACAAGUUUGCUUUUGGCAUUUCGUUUGUUUAGAAUUUCCCUAGUUAGUGUUUAUUUAUUUAUUAUACUUUGUGUAUUAGUGUGCAGUUUGGUGUAAGGUAGUUUUGCCACACCACAGGUGUGUGUAUGCAACUGGAGGGUAUUUGCCAUCAUUCUGGCUCUAUAGUUGUGGCCAAACAACCUUGGCUUGAGCCAGAAUGGCAGCACCUUUGUUUUCAUUGAGCAAACCAUUGAGCUGACAGAUGGGAGAGCCAAAGGGUUCACCGAGCCCUUUCAAAAACAUGACCUCCUUUCAAACAGACAGACAGACAUUAAAAACAUCCCCAUCAGUAAUAUGCCAAACCCAGCAGAGCCAGAUGGUUAAUUCUGCUUCACAUUUACCUUGUGUACUGUAGUUCGUGAUAAACCAACAGCCAGCGACAAUCACAGCCAAUUUCAUAAGACAUUCACCGAUUCAUGUUACACACAGAAUUCCAUCGCAAAAAUGCAUUAUUCUCCAGUAAAGGGGUCUUUCACUUCUGACUUGAUCUUAGGCAACUAUGCACAACAGUCAAAUUGCACUGGUUGAAGUUGUAGGCCUAGAAAGAAAAUGAAUGUCUUACUCUGGUAUGAAAUAACCUCCCUAACUUUUACUGCCUUUUGUAGUGAGUUUUACACAUUAAGCCUGUCUAAAACA